CAGGUACUGCCAGAUGCCCUAAGCGCGCCACUGAAGUUAUGAGCUGUGGGCACGGGCGGCCCUGACGUCACGACGGUCCUCCAGCACGAGUCUGGGUCCAGGCCCUGUGUAUCUAAAGACAUGGAGUUUGUGUCUGGAUACCGAGAUGAGUUCCUCGAUUUUGCUGCUCUUCUCUUUGGCUGGUUCCGCAAGUUUGUGGCAGAGAGGGGGACCAUGGGAACCAGCCUUGAGGGCCGAUGGCGUCAACUGGAGUCUCAGAUAAGGAGGCUGCCUCAGGACCCUGCCCUUUGGGUGCUCCACGUCUUACCAAACCGCAGUGUGGGCAUCAGCCUGGGGCAAGGUGCAGAGCCAGGUCCUGGGCCAGGCCUAGGGGCUUCCCGGCUCCUGGGAGAUGAACCUCCACUUCACCUGAGAGACCUGAGUCCUUAUGUCAGUUUUGUCAGCCUAGAGGAUGGAGAGGAAGGGGAGGAGGAGGAGGAGGAGGAAGAGGAGGAGCAUGGAGAGGAGAGACCAGGCACAGAGAAGGUGGAACCUCAGGAGGGUGGGGAGCCAGCCCCUCCAAGCAAGGAACUCCCCCAAGAAGUAAAGCCUGCUCAGGAGUCUGAGGUGACCCAGCAGGAGGCAAGCUGUGAUGAAGGCUGCCGAGAGGAGCGGGCAGAGGAUGAGAGGGCGCCUGAAAAGAGGAAAGGACGGAAGAGUGAGGCUGCCCCCCUGCACCUCUCCUGCCUUUUGCUGGUGACGGAUGAGCAUGGCACCAUCUUGGGCAUUGAUCUACUAAUGGACGGAGCCCAGGGGAGUGUAGGCCAGAGCCCAGGGACUGAGAAUCUGGCGCCUCGGGCCUAUGCUCUCCUCUGUCAUAGCAUGGCCUGCCCUAUGGGCUCUGGGGAUCCCCGAAAGCCCCGGCAGCUUACCGUAGGAGACGCCCAUCUGCAUCGAGAGCUAGAGAGCCUGGUGCCAAGGCUGGGUGUGAAGUUAGCAAAAACCCCAAUGCGGACAUGGGGUCCUCGGCCAGGCUUCACCUUUGCCUCCCUUCGGGCUCGAACUUGCCACGUGUGUCACAAGCACAGCUUUGAAGUGAAGUUGACACCCUGCCCCCAGUGCAGUGCUGUCUUGUACUGUGGAGAGGCUUGCCUCCAGGCUGAUUGGCGGCGAUGCCCAGAUGACGUGAGCCACCGAUUUUGGUGCCCGAGGCUUGCAGCUUUCAUGGAGCGGGCAGGAGAACUGGCAAGUUUGCCUUUCACCUACACUGCAGAGGUUACCAGUGAGACCUUUAACAAGGAAGCUUUCCUGGCCUCUCGAGGCCUCACACGUGGCUAUUGGACCCAGCUCAGCAUGUUGAUUCCAGGGCCUGGUGCUCCCAGGAACCCUUGGGGAACCACACCAUCCCUCAGCUGCCUUCUCAAUGGUGAUCCUUACCAGCUUCUGCAGGGAGAUGGACCUGCCUUGAUGCCUCCAGUGCCCCUAGACCCACCCAGGAGCCUCUUUGGUUCUUGGCAGGAUUACUACACAUGGCGGGGCCUUAGCCUGGACUCCCCGGUGGCUGUGCUUCUCACCUACCCACUGACUGUGUACUAUGUCAUCACCCACCUGGUACCCCAGUCCUUCCCUGAGCUCAACAUCCAGAACAAGCAGUCCCUGAAGAUCCACGUGGUAGAGGCUGGCAAGGAAUUCGAUCUCGUCAUGGUGUUUUGGGAGCUCUUGGUCCUUCUCCCCCAUGUGGCCCUGGAGCUACAGUUUGUGGGUGACAGCCUGCCACCUGAGAGUGACCAGCAGCAUAUUACUAUGCAGAGGGAUGGCCCUGAGGCCUCUGUUCGUCCUGGUUCUGGAGUAUCAGCACGGCUCAGCUCUGGGACUAAGGAGAAGGGGGGUCGAAGAGAUCUUCAAAUCAGGGUGUCUACCAGGCCCUAUCACCUGCUCCAGGGACCCAAGCCUGACCUGGUUAUUGGAUUUAACUCCGGCUUUGGUCUCAAGGACACGUGGCUGAGCUCUCUACCCCGGUUACAGUCUCUCCGAGUGCCAGCAUUCUUCACUGAGAGCAGUGAGUACGGCUGUGUGAUGGACGAUCAGACCAUGGCGGUGGCCACAGGAGGGGGUACCAGCUCGCCACAGCCCAACCCCUUCCGCUCUCCAUUCCGCCUUAGAGCAGCUGACAACUGUAUGCCGUGGUACUGCAACGCCUUCAUCUUCCAUUUGGUCUACAAGCCUCCCCAAGGCGGCACAGUUCGGUCAGCUCCCGGCCCUGCACCUCGACCCCCAACUCCGGCUGCUCCUCCUGUCCCGGCUCGAAGGCGCCGAGGAGAAAAGAAAGCUGCACGCGGACCCCGCCGGCGCAGAUGAGAGCGGAGUCGGCAGCAGUCCAUUCCCAAGGAUGCUUCCUAAUGGAAAACAUUCCAAGGCCCGGGGAGGACUAAUUGUCGGGAGACGAAAGGUUAAAUAAAAUCCAUUGUUUGAAA